UCUACAUGCUCAUGCCACUUUCAAGAUCAUCUUAUGCUUCAUACUCUUUCCAACUACUUACCCAAAAAAAUAUCUAUCUUUUUAUCAAGAUUUGAAGAUGGGAGAGAUUGAAAAAGGCCAAAUAACAAUUCAUCAAGAAAUGGGAGUUAAAGAGAAUGACAAAAGCCAUUUGGAACGACUUCAAUGGGGUUUUAUGGAAGCUAAAGACGAUGCCUGCAGCUAUGACCUUAUGGAAUCCGAUUUAGACGAUUCUUUCGACUCGUCUUCUUCGACAGAAGAUGCAUCAUCAUCAUCAUCAUGUAGUCCUUUGUUUGAACUAUCUGAUCUCAUGGCACAGUUGCCUAUCAAGAGGGGCAUAUCAAAGUUUUAUCAAGGGAAAUCUGAGUCGUUUUCAUCGCUAACAAGUGUGAAGAGUGUUGCAGAUCUUGCAAAGAAAGAGAAGUAUUGCUUUAAAUCAAGAAGUUCAAUGAAAAGAUAUGGUCAAACUCAAAGUCAAAGAUUAAGUCCAAAAGCCACCAUAGCCAAGAACAAGAAAGGUUCUUCUUCAACAAGUACCAAGGGUUCAAUGUUUUCAUCACUAGGAAAUAUGAGUUCGUUAAUCGCUAGUUAGCUUAAAUAAUAUUGGCCUUUGGUACAAAUUGUUGCUACCGACUAAUUAAGUUUUUCUUCUUUUUUUCAA